CAUCUGGCCACAUCCCCAGGAUCACUCAACAGCUCCGCCUCCUCGCCAGUGAUUGGCCGCCAGAACUGUAGCUCAGGAGAGGCACACAGGCGGCCAAUCACCGGUGAGGAUGUGGAGCUUGGAGAGGAGGAGGCGAGCAGCAGCGCAAAGAGCAAAGAAGAUCGAGCGAGGGAGCGGCCGGAGAAGGAAGACAGAUGACAGGUAAGCGUCUGUAGCGUGCAGAUGAUGCUGCUGCAGCCAGGCUGGUAAGCAUUGGGAGGAGGAAUAGUGCCCCAUCAUUGGUGUCAUUAAUACCAAUGAUGGGGCACUAUUCCUCCCACUGACACCAAUGAUGGGGCACUAUUUCCUCCCCCCCCCCACUGACACCAACGAUGGGGAACUAUUCCUCC